CUGGUCGAUGGCCUGUUCUUUCCGUUCAAAACUCCAUUGUGUUCAUUAUACGAUGAUCAAAUCGAGAAGAAACUUCGUUUCCAUCCUGAGGACGUUUUCAAUCAUCCUGCCGUAAAAGGCAAGAAAAUAGGAUUAUGGAUUGAUCUCACGAAAACUGAUCGCUACUACUUUGUGAAGGAGGCCCCAAAUAAACCAUCCUGGGAGUAUGGCGAUGCCGUUGGUUACGACGGUGAUAACGAAGCGUCUACAAGCGUCGCUCACUCGCAAGAGAACAUAGAAAACAUGGAAAAUGGAGAAGAUAAACCUCAAGGCAAACAGUUCAUGGAUGGAUUGGUUCGUGGAGUUGUUCUGGUCACGGAUCCAUUGAAAAAGAAGAUGCUUCAAGGGAAGAUCAAGGAGCUCGUUGGAGCGAAACGGGAUGGAUUCCCCGGUCUCCAACCGGUUUCUUUAGAAAGAUCUCGUGAUAAUGACAACCUAAAAAUGUUAGCGCAGAGGCCUUAUAUGGUGUCAUGGAAAGCAGAUGGAAUGAGGUAUAUGAUCUAUAUUUGUGAUGAAAAUGAGGUUUAUGCAUUCGAUAGGGACAAUGAGGUACGAGUCUUUUUUGACUUUUUACGCUUGAUGGUCCCAAGUGUUCUUCCUUAUUAUGUUACGCUCUCCUUUUAUUUCUUUUGA